AUGCCACCUAAAGAGGACUGGGAGAAGUUCAAGGCACCCGCAGAGGAGGAGAAACAGGAGGAGAAGCCCAAUGUGCCGCUCACCGAGGGAGAUAUCCAGGUUUUGAAGACAUACGGAGCUGCUCCGUAUGCCGACAAGUUAAAAGAGACCGAGAAAGACCUCAAAGACAUCGAGGCCAGAAUCAAGGAGAAGGCAGGUGUCAAAGAGAGUGACACAGGUUUGGCGCCUUCUCACUUAUGGGAUAUUAUGGGUGACAGACAAAGACUUAGUGAAGAACAUCCGCUGCAGGUAGCGAGAUGUACCAAAAUUAUUAAGCCUGAGGCCAGCGACGAAAGCCCCGCCGAUGAAGACGAAGAAGACUCCAAAUACAUCAUUAACCUAAAACAAAUUGCCAAAUUUGUAGUAGGGCUCGGAGAACGUGUCUCGCCAACUGAUAUAGAAGAAGGAAUGCGUGUUGGUGUGGACAGAUCCAAAUACCACAUUGAGCUGCCUCUACCUCCUAGAAUUGAUCCCUCUGUUACAAUGAUGACAGUGGAAGAGAAACCUGAUGUGACAUAUAGUGACGUUGGAGGUUGUAAAGAGCAGAUUGACAAACUCCGUGAGGUUGUGGAGCUACCGCUACUAUCACCCGAGAGAUUCGCCGCGCUUGGUAUUGACCCUCCCAAAGGAAUUCUAUUAUAUGGCCCCCCAGGGACUGGUAAAACACUUUGUGCCCGUGCAGUGGCCAACAGAACAGAUGCAACUUUUAUCAGGGUUAUAGGCUCAGAGCUUGUGCAGAAGUAUGUCGGAGAGGGUGCUCGUAUGGUAAGGGAACUUUUUGAAAUGGCCAGAACACGGAAAGCUUGCAUUAUUUUCUUCGAUGAAAUUGACGCUGUAGGAGGCGCACGCUUUGACGAUGGAGCGGGGGGCGAUAACGAGGUACAAAGAACUAUGCUGGAACUUAUCACACAGCUUGACGGUUUCGACCCCCGUGGUAACAUCAAGGUUAUGUUCGCUACGAAUAGGCCCAACACCCUGGACCCUGCAUUACUGAGACCCGGUAGAAUUGACCGUAAGGUCGAGUUUUCUCUACCUGACUUAGAGGGCCGUGCUAAUAUUUUCAGAAUUCACUCCAAGUCUAUGAGUGUUGAGCGCGGAAUACGGUGGGAGCUUAUUUCAAGACUUUGCCCUAAUUCCACAGGUGCAGAGCUGAGAUCUGUGUGCACAGAGGCUGGUAUGUUCGCCAUUCGUGCCAGGAGGAAAGUUGCUACUGAAAAGGACUUUCUGCAAGCAGUCGAAAAGGUCAUUAACGGAUACAAGAAGUUCAGCUCCACUUCCCGUUAUAUGCAAUAUAAUUGA